AUGAAAGCCAUGUCUGCUUUUAAUCUUCAAGGCUGGCUAGGAGCGUCUCCGGCAGCAUACUUGGAAGAGCUUUGCUUGGGUGAUAUAGUACUCCUCGGCACUGUGACACGUCUAGGCGCAACAAUCGAACAGAAUGAACCUAAGUCGAUCCUAGGGAGGGGAAGAAUGCAUGUAUCAGAGGAUCAAGUCUUGGGCUAUCCCAAACGCAGGCCGGCCCCGUGGAAUUUGCAAAAGUGUGAGCCUGCCGGCAUAGAUAGUUUGAGAACAUGUAGCGAAGUCAACCGGCAGUUUCCCACUCUUCCGGAGGCUGAUGGUGGAGGAGGCUUGACAAUUCCAAGCAACGACCCCUUGGCGAGAAGUAAAAGCUGCAGCAGAAUUUUGGCAACGCUUGGAUCAAUUCGUGCCUUGACCGGAUUGUUUCUGCAUGUGCAGGUUCGGCUUGCCGCAUACAUGACAAUCCCACACCAAUCACUAUUUGCUAGCUUCUCGGGAGCCAAAUUGACGAUUCGCCUUGUGCAUGUGUUUACUGCCGAUGUCCUCAUUUUCGCACCUGAUAUUUGCGCCACUUUUAAGUUUUCGCUUCAGAAAAUCCGCUGCAAAGGCGAUUAUUUGCUUCAAGGCACGUUCCAGCCGCAACGCAGUGGUGACGGCAUCCACCAUUCGACACGAGGGGUUCCUCAGAAGGGGUGUUGCUAUUGUCCAGCUCGCCGGGUUGCAUAUCAAUAUCGCUCUUCUCCGUAUUCCGUACAUAAGGUCGCCUCCGCUUCCAUAAUAAUACACAGCAGGAAUCUGUCACUGUCAAUUGACACAUAUCAGGCUGCUCCGUCAUUCCGACGUUUAUUUCGAGCCCCCUACCUGGAUAAUUUCCACCGAACAACACAUUACAGCCCCACCAUAAGCACUGUUCCUUCUCCAGGCAAUAUGGCAGACCCAGACCAUAUGGCGGAGUUCCAGAAGCUCUCCAAUCAGUAUGAACCGGAUUUACAGGGUCCCCUCGUUGGUCAAAAACAGUCCAGCAGCACGAUAACCUCCGAAUAUGCAAACGCAGAUCCGAUAUAUGUUGCAAAGACUAUUGCGCUCUCACACACCCAUUCUCAUUAUCGUAUUAUGAAAGGGGAUGGAAACUGUGGAUGGAGAGCAAUUGCUUUCGGAUAUUUCGAGUCUUUGUUCAACCUGAGAGAUGCUGCAAAAGUGACCCAAGAGUUGGCGCGGAUGAAAUCCUUGAAUGAGCUUUUGGACUCCACUGGAUGCCAAGAGCAUCUCUAUGAAAUGUUCGUUGAUGCAACGGAGGAGCUUCUUACCCGUAUAUCUCAGGAGAUUGAAAAAGGAAGCUAUGACGAUUCAUUCCUCUUGCAAGCGUUUAAUGAUGAAUAUAAUUCAUCCUCUAUCAUUAUGCAUUUUAGGUUGGUGACUAGUGCAUGGAUGAAGCUGAAUCCGAGUCGCUACGCGGACUUCCUCGGAAUUCCCCUUGUUGACUACUGCACAAGAACAAUCGAAACUGUUAAAAGUGAAAUCGACCAAAUUGGGAUUCAGGGGCUGUUCGACGGAGUCAUUGGGGCGUCCGGAUUUGCCAUUGAGAUUCUUUAUCUGGAUCGGAGUGAAGGAACUCAAGUAACCCCACAUUUGCUCUCACCCAAUAAUCCUAUAGCGACGAUCAUGCUUCUUUAUCGACCGGGUCACUACGAUCUUCUUUACCGAACCGAGCAGCCAAUCCAAAACCAGGAAAUAACCCAGGUCAAUUACCAAUAUUCUAUGACUUCUGACUAUGCCUCUUGGUAUUCAAAUGCCCUGCCAUUUGAUCUAAACCCAACUUUGAUGGCCAUACCGAGUCUCCCAUUCGACACGACCAGUGUUCCGUCGCCACUGCAUGCCAGCCAGUCGCACACAUAUCCCAUGCACAUCAACUCUAGUAUUCGCCCUCCACUAGCUCCUCGGUCUCCACCAGCUCCAUCCGAACAUUCUUCAUUCCCCGGUUUCCACAUCAGCCGAGUUUCCACUCCGGGUAAAUCCUCAGAGCUCCAGAUCAGGAUGAACCCCUUAGUAUGUGAACCGAUGAAUACUCUCCCGCUGACGUCUGUACCAUUCCGCAACUCUCCUAAUAACCUUGCGCAUUUCCAAAACCCCGAUUUCCAGCCAUCCCAAUGGGACCCGAACGAGGAGUAUAAGUAG